AUGAGCAUAGAGUCGUUGAAUGCGUUGAAUUAUUCUGGAAUUCCCCAACACAGGUUAGUUCUUAAAAUUGGUGUUCCUGUGAUGCUUCUUCGCAAUAUUGACCAAUCCAAUGGACUAUGCAACGGUACGCGAAUGCAAGUUAGACGUCUCGGCGACCAUGUCAUUGAGUGCGUCAUAUUAGCAGGUCGUAAUACUUGUGAGGUUGUCUUUAUUCCCAGAAUGAACAUGGCCCCUAAUAAUGAGACAUUACCGAUUAGAUUUACUCGACGACAAUUUUCGGUUGCGCUUUGCUUUGCGAUGACCAUAAACAAGUCCCAAGGACAAAUAAUGUCAACUGUUGGCAUGUAUCUUCCAAGACCUGUUUUCACUCAUGGUCAGCUUUAUGUUGCACUCUCUCGGGUCAGCAUGCAUUCUGGACUGAAGAUAUUAUCUGUUGGCUCUAACGGCACAGUCUCAAAUCAUACUAUUAAUAUUGUCUAUAGAGAGGUUUUUACCGGCUUACUACCUUCCAUUCUACCUUGA